UCUGACAUCAUGGCAUUCAAGGUAUUUGUUCUGGCCGCCCUUGUGGUCGUCACCAUCGCCCGCCCAGAUAGCCCGCCUACAUAUGGUUAUUCCGCUCCCACACCCUCUUACGCACCUGCCAAGUACGACUUCAACUACGCCGUAAAUGACCAACCAUCUGGCAACGACUUCGGACAUCAAGAAACCCGUGAUGGCGACAAUACACAGGGAUCCUACUACGUCCUACUUCCGGACGGUCGUCUGCAGAGGGUCACCUACACUGUCAACGGAGACUCCGGUUACGUGGCUGAUGUCACCUAUGAAGGAGAGGCUCAGUACCCUACACCACAGGCUUCCUAUGGUCCUCCUCAGCCUUCCUACAAGCCACCCACCCCCUCUUAUGCUUAAGAUAUGUUAGCCAGGAUAGUUAUCAGUCAUGUUUUCCAAGAAUAUUUAUUGAUCGUAAAUAUUUGUGUAUAUAUAAUAAACUAGCAAACUCAA